AUGAGUUCCGGCUGCAAGUCUUCUUUGAGUUGUAUCGACGCCCAUGCACCGGUGAGAGCGACGUACGUGAACCUCUACAAGUGGCCAGAAUCUGAUGCGGAGUUCGUGAAGUCAGUUACCAGUGGAAGAAGAGGAACAAUCCUCGAUGGCAGUGCUAAAGGCAUCAACCUCGAUGGAAGGAGGAAGUGGAGUGCAGAGCCGGCAGUGGUCGACGGUUUCUCAUGCAGACAGAUUUAUCUCAGGAGUUACACUUUCUCCAAAAAGGAGACCGUUCCCGAGAAGACACUGCGUUGCCUUGGACGAGCCAAGGAGAGAGCUGCUGCGUUUCCUUUCCUCCAACCGAAGAGCGAGCACACUGCAAGUGGUGUAACCGGUGGCUCCGCUAGUAAGAAACAGAUCAAAACAACUAAAAGGACUAGGAAGAAAAAGAAGAAAGCUUGCGUUACAGCAAGCAAGUUAAGAGAGGUCUCCUACGCAACACUUUACUUCAUCUUCCGUCGUCUCCUUUCUUGCACUGCUAGCGUCGAUGCGGUGGAUCGAGGGAGAGAGACAUCCCAGAAAUGA